CGCUCUUCUAAAAAUGAAGGCUCGAAGGUGUCCACUUCGGUGCAAUUCUAGCAGGGACGGACACUAAAACUGGGGUGACAACAGACAAAUAGAGAUCAAUCCUGGAAAGCGACCACUCUCCGAGAACCAGUGCCGUGAAAUACUGCGGCCAUAUAUGACUUAUCGUUACGACAGGCCGAAUCUAGGUGGUUCCUCCAUGCCAGUCGGACGUCGAAUACCAAGUUCGACUCCGAUCCUGAGAAAUGGUUAAAUACUUAGUCGCCUGGUAUCCGUUCAGAGCCGAGUCCACUCCCGUUCUCACUUUUGCGAUGGGCAAUGUACCACUUGACCAAAUCAGUCUGAUCUCCAUGGUCGUCCAAACGUUUUUAUUCGGCAUUUUCACAGCCAUGUUCGGAGAGGCCCUGCGACCUAUCCUCUCCAGAAACGUGAUCGAAAAGAAGAGCGUCAGUUUGGUCUUGCCAACAGUGUCGGUUAUCUGGCUGUUUGCCCUUGCCCAUUGGAUCAUAGAUAUCAUCCGCUUACAACUCGCGUUCCUCGGGCCCCAUCCUGAUCCUGUAGCGUUCUUGUCAGAUCUCUCAACAGCGACCGAAGUGUCCAAGAUCGGCAUGAACGUGACGGUCACUUUAGUUGCGGACUGCUUCAUGGUCGGCGGCCGCAACUUGUGGUCCUCCAAGCCUACUGAGCCGUUAUUACAGAUAUAUCGCUGUUGGGUGGUCGCACACAAGUCUUUUCUUGUCAUCAUCGUCCCCACGGCCCUGUGGUUGGCGGCCGGAGUGUCUGGGUCCGUCGCCACACGUCUGCUGUUCCAGCUACACACGGAUCGCGAAGGAUUUCAUGAUAACCUGUCACCCUGGUUUACGACAUUCUUCACCUCGACAUUGGCUGCCAACGCCUUUUGCACCCUUUACAUCGCGUAUCGAGUUCUUCGUUCGCAACUGGCUGUCCGCGGCUCUCAGAGAUUACAAAGUCCCGUGUUUUGUGUGGUGAUCAUAUUUCUCGAGUCGGCCGCGCUGUAUUCAAUCGCUUUGGUGGCCUUGUUGAUAACGUUCCAAGCGGACACCAACGGCCAAUUUGUCAUCGUGGACUCGAUCUGUGCUUUGAUCGGGAUCACGUUCAGUAUGAUCAUCCUGCCUACAUUGAGCCGGUCUCAAUCUCAAGUAAGCGGGUCGAGAUCUACGCGUCCCGUACCCCGAAUGCCCGCCGAGGGUGUCACCGUGUCGAGACUGGUGGAGGUGGUUUCCGAUGAUUACGAGAUGAACUCCCUGCCUUCAUGCAAGCAUGUCGGCGUCGCUUGAGCGGAAAUUGGAUAGAUUCAUUACAAAGAUGUAUAUUACGUAUUGUAAUUCUAAAUUCGACCAUUUGUA